UCUCUCUCCCUCUCUCCCUCCCUCGUUCUCUCUCUGAUCUUCUAGAAUCCAAAAGGAACUGAAAAACCCAGACCCCCAAUCUUGAGAAAAUCCAUGUGGGCUUUACAAGAUCUGCAAUCUCUCCCUGAAACUUCCAUCUUUCAUUCCUCUGUUUUCUUCUGAAAUUUCUUGCUAUAUUGGAAGAUGGGUGUUGGAGAUUUCUCGCUUUUCUUCUUUAUCCUAUGCUUUUCUCUCUGUCUCCAAUCCCAUGUCUUGAAUUCCCAGAAUCUGACCUGUAAUUCAAAUGAUUUGAAAGCAUUGGAUGGUUUCUCCAAGGGUCUUAAUUCGACAGUUGGGGCGUGGAGCAAUGCCUCUUCUUCUGAUUGCUGCAGCUGGCGCGGCGUUGAAUGCGGACCGUCUUCUGGGAAUUCCAGCAGAAGAGUAGUUAGGUUGUCUCUCGGAAACAUGCAAUUGAAAGGGCCCGUUUCAAAAUCCUUGGCUAGUUUGGAUCAGCUAAAAGUCCUCAAUCUCUCCUUCAAUUCUCUCCAUGGCCUCAUUCCAGCAGAAUUAUUCAAAUCACAGCAAUUGGAGGUCCUUGAUUUGGGUUUUAAUGAUUUUUUCGGCCAGAUUCCAUUAAAUAUCAGUUUACCAUCGAUCCAGGUUUUCAACAUUUCGGGCAAUUCUUUCACCGGUGAGCAGCCACUCCUUAUUGGUUCUGUGAAUUUAACCCAUUUCAUCAUCAAUUACAAUUUAUUCUCUGGUUCCGUCAAUGCGAGUAUCUGCAGCACAUCGCCUCGAAUUGAAGUUCUUCAACUUUCUGCGAACAACUUCUCUGGCAAUUUCCCAGUGGGUUUUGGUAAUUGCAACUCCUUACAUGAGCUCUCUCUCAAUGAGAAUUUUCUGUCUGGGAAUUUUCCGGACGAUUUAUUCGGGAUGUUGUCGUUGCGGCGGUUGUAUCUUCAGGAAAACAAUAUUUCCGGGUGGCUGAGUGAGAGAAUAGGUAAUCUUUCUCAUCUCACCCAUUUGGAUAUUUCUCUCAAUGGGUUUGAGGGGAAGGUCCCAGAUGUUUUCAGUAGCCUCGGCAAAUUACAGCAUCUUUGUGCUCAUUCGAACCGUUUCAACGGUCAGUUGCCCGUCUCAUUGUCGAAUCUGCCACUUCUCCGUUUGCUUAAUUUGAGAAACAAUUCUCUUGAUGGUCCGAUCAGUCUUAAUUGCACUGCGAUGGCCCACCUUAGUUCCCUCGAUCUCGGUUCGAAUCGGUUUCAUGGUAGCAAUCUCGAUAAUCUUUCCUCAUGCAAGGCUCUGAAGAAUGUAAAUCUUGCUAGAAACAGCCUCAACGUCAAAAUCCCAGAGAGCUUCAAGAAUCUUCAGGCACUCUCCUACCUAUCGUUAUCGAAUAAUAGCCUACAUAACAUUUCAUCUUCGUUGCAAAUUUUGCAACAAUGCAGGAACCUAACUACUCUAGUGCUUACGAUGAAUUUCCAUGAAGAGGAAAUGCCUGUUGAUGCGAUUCAAGGUUUUGGGAGCCUGAAGGUUCUGGUGAUCCCAAACUGUGGUCUUUCUGGUUCAAUCCCACCGUGGCUGGCUAAUUGCAGUAAGUUGCAGCUGUUAGAUUUAUCGUGGAACCGAUUGCAAGGAAGCAUCCCAACCUGGGUGGGAAGCCUUGGGUCUCUCUUUUACUUGGAUUUGUCAAACAAUUCGCUUACUGGGGAAAUCCCCAAGAGCUUGACACAGCUGGCAGGCCUCAUUUCUCGCAACGUCUCGCAGGAAGAGUCCACCCCCAACUUCCCAUUCUUCAUCAGACGAAACCAAAACACUACAGGGUUGCAGUACAAUCAGGUUACGAGCUUCCGUCCGACUCUGGAUUUGAGUUGCAACAUGCUUACAGGACCGAUCUUGCUGGAUUUUGGGAAACUGAAGAAGCUUCAUGUGUUGGAAUUGAGGAAGAACAAUCUGUCAGGAACAAUACCUAGUGAAUUAUCAGGCAUGACGAGCUUGGAGGUUUUGGAUCUUUCCUUCAAUAAUCUCUCCGGAACCAUACCCGUUUCUUUGACCAAUCUCAGCUUUCUAUCAAGCUUCAGUGUAGCGAACAAUAGCUUAUCUGGGGUGAUCCCGACGGGAGGCCAGUUCUCGACUUUCCCGAAUGCAAGCUUCAAGGGAAACAAGGAUCUUUGUGGUGAACAUUUCACUCCUUGCUGGCCUCAAACUCCUCUGCAAUCAAACAAGAAAGAACGGAUAAACAGAAUAGCUAUCAUAGGAAUGCCAAUUGGAAUUGGAUCUGGGGUGGCUUUAGUUGGCGCAUUCGUAUACAUCAUCGUGUUAAGAUCCUGUUUUCAGAGACAGGAAGAUACUGUAAGGGAGGAAUCUGACACGGAAAAGAACUUACUACCAGGGUCCAAAUUGGUUCUUCUAUUUCAAAGCAAGGAAAACAAAGAGAUCACCAUCGAAGAUCUGUUAAAAUCCACCGGCAAUUUCGACCAAGCUAAUAUCAUUGGUUGUGGGGGGUUUGGUCUCGUCUACAAGGCGACUCUGCCGGACGGUAGGAAGGUUGCAAUCAAACGGCUGUCUGGCGACGGCUGUCAGAUGGAGAGAGAGUUCCAAGCUGAAGUUGAGACCCUCUCUAGAGCACAGCACGAAAAUCUCGUUUUGCUUCAAGGGUAUUGCAGGUAUGGUAAUGAUCGGCUGUUAAUCUACUCGUAUAUGGAGAACGGAAGCUUGGAUUAUUGGCUGCAUGAGAAGCUUAAUGGCGGUUCAGCGCUAGAUUGGGAUACUAGGCUUAGGAUAGCUCAAGGAGCUGCAAGGGGUUUGGCUUACUUGCAUCAAUCAUGCGAGCCCCAUAUCCUUCACCGGGAUAUCAAGUCGAGUAACAUCCUCUUAGAUGAAAAUUUCAAAGCCCAUUUGGCGGAUUUCGGGCUUGCAAGGCUCAUAUUGCCUUACGACACUCAUGUGACCACAGAUCUCGUCGGAACCUUGGGCUACAUCCCUCCCGAAUACAGUCAAGCUUCAGUCGCCACCUUUAAGGGAGAUGUAUAUAGUUUUGGGGUAGUUCUUUUGGAGCUUCUUACUGGUAAGAGGCCCAUGGACAUGUGCAAGCCGAAAGGGUGCCGAGAUUUAACCUCGUGGGUGCUUCAGAUGAAGAAGGAGAGGCGGGAAGAUGAGGUGUUCGAUCCGUUUAUUUAUGAUAAGGAGCACAGCAAGCAGAUGUCACAGGUGCUUGAUAUUGCAUGCCUUUGCUUAAGCGAGUGUCCCAAAUUCAGGCCUUUCAUCCAACAGAUAGUCUUGUGGCUCGACAAUGUUGGGCUUGACAGCCAACCGAUUACGUGAGGCAAGGCAUGGUGUUGUUCUUGCUGGCAAACAUUAGGACCGUAACAACAGUGAGAAGUGGCCGACUGUCAGCUGCUUGGGAAUGUCUUCAUGCUUUCCACUAUCAAAUGGCAAUCCAGCUGUAAAUAACCAUUACACGGCGUCGAAGUCUCGAAGUUCUGUUUCCUGGUAAUUUCUUAGAUAUUGAAAUACGGGAGAAGUAUAUAACAGAAGAAACAAUAUGUGUAUCUGAUACUCUGUAAGUUAAAAACUGUUUUUAAUUGAGACUUGUUUUGAUAUUCCA